AGAGAGAGCCGGCCGUCAUCAUGGGCUGCAACAUGUGCGUGGUCAAACGUCCGGAGGAGCAGUACAGGAUCAUGUUCCAGCAGAAAGGCUGGAAUAACUCCCUGCGGCCGAUGGACAGACAUGGGAACGUGAAGGCCCGAGGACGCAGGGCCUCUCAGCUGCCGCUAGACCGACCACAAAACUCCCAGGAGUCUUUGCAGCAAUCUGGGUCGAUCUGCAAGAGUCACAGGAGGAAAGGUACGUUGGUGUGCAGCAGUAACGGCACCGGCAGCAGCUCCAUCUACUCUGUCGCCAUGGUAGCGAUCCCCGACUGCGUCGACAACGCCACGCAGACGGACAUCAGCUUCCAGAACAUCGUGACGGUGGGGAAGAGCAGAGGCCAUCACCACCAUCACCACGGCCGGGGGGGAGGCGGCUCCUCCCCUCCACCACCUCCACCCUCCCCACCUCUCCCCCACCUUGCGGGACCGUAUGGGAUCAAUGAGUUCUGUGUGUUCGAGUACAACGACCCCGAUGACUACUUCGACGUCUCCAACCAUGAGGUGGACAGACAGGAUGACCUGGAGUACGAGGAGGUGGAGCUGUACAAGUCCAGUCAGCAGGAGAAGCUCGGGCUGACCGUCUGCUACAGGACGGACGACGAGGAGGAUCUCGGGAUUUAUGUCGGAGAGGUUAAUCCGAACAGCAUCGCAGCCAAGAACGGACGUAUCAGGGAGGGUGACCGGAUCCUACAGAUCAACGGCGUGGACAUUCAGAACAGAGAGGAGGCGGUGGCCAUCCUGACCCGAGAGGACAGCAUCAACUUCUCCCUGCUGCUGGCCCGGCCCGAUAUAGAGAAUGAAAACCCCGUCGAUCCAGAGGAGGUGAUGGAGCUGACUCUGGAGGAAGGAGGCUUCCAUCCAAACCCCAGAGCCUCCUCCUGCUCCCUCACUUCUUCUCACCUCUCUGGCUAUUAUCGCCUGUGCCGGGGUGCAGGAGGAGGUGGAGGAGGAGGAGGAGGAGCAGGUGGUGGUGGUCUGGCCUGCCCGGGAGAAGUAGCAGGUAGAGAGGGCGCAGUUGGUGACGUGGACGUGGAGGAGGAAGAGGACGAGGAUGGAGAGGAAGGAGAGAGAGGAGAGAAGGAGGACAGAGACCCGCCUGUGCCUCCUCCUCCUCUGCUGAGCCUGGCUCCUCUGCUGUCCAACAGCCAGGAGCUGGACAGCGGAGUGGGCCGGACCGACGACAGCACCCGCUACGAGGAGUGGUCCGAACACGACCUGCUGGGUGAUCAGACGAGUGCCUGUAACACCAACACCACCAACACACCGGGCAGCACCAGGAAGUUCAGACCAGGACCCAGCCCCAGGCCCAGUCCUAGACCCAGCCCCGGCCUCGGCCCCAGUCCUGGGCACGGCCGAGGAGACACCACCCCUCCUUUCCUCCACCUGCGGGACCUCCAGCUCAGCUCAGACUCCCUCCCUGGUCUGGACUGGGCAGCUGGAGGAGGAACAGGAGGAGCAGCAUACAGCCCCCACCACCAUCACCACCACAAGCACUACCACCACCACCACCAUCAGCCCCCUCUGACGAUGAUGAUGCCGGGACUGACGGAGGAGGAGUGCCAGAGGUACCAGGAGCUGCUGGAGAUCAGGUGCCAGUACGAGAGACAUAACGAAAAACAGCAGAGAGAAGCAAAGAAAAACGAAAGCAAUGACGUCGAAGCAGAAGUCAAAGAGCAGGAAGAGACGAAAGAGGCGGGGCAGGAAGCUCUUCCUUCUUCUUUGGUGGUGGACGUGAACUGCAACGCGACUUUGAGCGAGCACGAGAUGGCGUUGAUCGAGGAGGAGUUACGCCACCUGGAGUUCAAGUGCCGCAACAUCCUGCGAGCGCAGAAGAUGCAGCAGCUCAGAGAGAGAUGUCUGAAAGCCUGGAUGAUGGAGGAGGAGACGGUGGCAGCCGGUGCCGGGCGACCGGGCCCUCCUGAAGCAGGUCUAGAUGGAUGUAACGAUGACGAUGAUAACGACCCUCAUCACCACGAGCUCUCGGCCAUCAACGAGCUCCCGGAGCGAGAGCGGUCCGACGACAAAGACAGCACCAGCGCCUACAACACCGGCGGGGAGAGCUGCCGGAGUACGCCAUUGGUCAGCACAGAGCAGAUCCCGCCUCUCCAGGAAGAUGAAGACGAAGGAGGGAGACGACUGAUGUCACCGCCUCCUCUCCUCCCUCUCGCUCGCCUCCCACCUCUGAACUCCCCCCUCACGCCGCGACGUCACAGGCGGGAACGCGACAGAGAGAGACGCCACUCCAACCUCAGCUGCUCGUUCUCCCCCAGCACUUACAGGAAGUAUGAAGCAGCCAAUGGUUACAUGGCAAAUGGCUCAAGCUCCACCCCCUCCACGCCCUCCAAGUUCAGGUCUCUGACCAGAGAGGCGGGAUCAUCUUCGAGAAGGGGUGUGGCUGAUGGAGGGCGGGGCUCCAGAGCUGGCGCCCCCGACAGGCCCGGAGGUGGAAGUGCAGAGUCCAGUCCCUAUUUCACCAGAAGACACCACAGUCACAACAAACCACUGGAGCGCUACCAGAGCUGUAUGACCCUGCCCUCCGAGGGCCUGGUGGACCCGCUGGACCGAGUGAGAGACAGAGCGAGGGCCGAGGGCGAGGAGAGAGGGAUGGGCACGGGCAGCAGCGGCCCUGCCAGCCCCAGGAGCGUGAAUAGCGCCCCCUGUGGUCUGGAGGACCACCAUACACGGGCCUCGCGGUUAGGACUGGCCUUACCGCUCGGGAUGACACACUCAUCGCCAACUGCCUCACCGCAACGCAUGGAGUGGAAGGUAAAGAUCCGGAGCGAUGGCACUCGCUACGUGGCCAAGCGGCCGGUCAGAGAUCGUCUCCUGAAGGCCAGAGCCAUGAAGAUCAGAGAGGAGCGCAGCGGCAUGACGACUGACGACGACGCUGCCAGUGAGAUGAAACAGGGCCGAUACUGGAGCAAAGAGGAGAGGAAGCAGCAGCUGCUGAGAGCCAGAGAGUACCGACGGAGGAGAGAGUUCAUGAUGCAGAGCCGCCUCGACUACCUCAGAGGAGACAGGGACUCCUCAGCAUCAACAGGGGCUGAAAACCUGCGGUCAUCCCAGAACGGCCAGCUUCACCCCCGACAGGACUCCCCCAGCAACAACAUCCUGUUACUGAGCCAGAAGAAGAGCAUGAAGAAGAGGAAUCGGCGCAUCCUCGACAACUGGAUCACCAUCCAGGAGCUGCUGGCUCACGGCUCGAGGUCGCCGGACGGGAAGAAGAUCUACAACCCUCUGCUGUCUGUGACCACCGUGUGAUCUGAGGACAGGGAGGAAGAAGAGAAAAGAGGGACGACAGUGAUGAUACAAACUGACAGAACAAACGAUGAAUCAGAUUCAUGUGAGCUGGAAGGAGGAUGAAACCGGUUAAUGACAGAGGGAACCACUUUGGAGAAAAGAGGGGAGGUUUAAAAGAUGAAAGAUAGGUGUGAUCUGCUUUAAACUGUCCACUGAACAGACUUUUAUGGCAAGUACAAGCAGAAUGACAGAGGGGAGAGACGGAGAUACAAAGAAGUAAGGUGACGGUGGACUGGGAGGGAAGAAAAGUGCAGCAGGAGCCCUGAAAACAUCUGGAAUAACCCUGAAAACCUGCAGAAACCUGAAACAUCUUGUGUACCUUUGUUUUGCAGGAGGUCUACAAUGUAAAGAAAACACUUGUCGACGUCCCCUCAAAUGUAGUGAAAACACACUGAAGGAGGAGGAACAUCUGUGAAAGGAAAAUGUCCCGUGGUGAGACUCUUCUCUGAACCAGGAGGCCUCAGGACUGAGGCGCGUCUGCAUAAACGUGUUCUGACUUUAGCAAGAAGUUUGUGCCGAUCCUGGGACUUGAUGAAUCUUCCUCGUUAUAUUGACUGCGUGCUGUACGGACACUGAUGUCUUCAUCAGAAUAUGUAGAUGAAAAACUUUGAGAGAAGAACUUUUGAAUUUAACAUAGUUUGUUUUCAUAUUUAAAGAAAAGUUACAGAAGAUUCAGGGUUAAAUUUGGAGUGAUUAAACAGAUUAAAACAACAGAUGUACAGAUGUUUAUGUCAGUGACGACUGGGCAGACAGUAUUACUGACCAACAGUCAGUGUUUGUGCAUAAAACAACACAUCCACACUUUUAUAUCUCCCUGUUAGAUCUCAUUGAUCCGUGACGAUCAUUCUGUUACAGGAGGUUUUCUUUUACUUCUCACUUGUCUUUUUAUUUACAGGUGUGUUAUUUGUGUUAUUUCCCAGAAUGCCUUUGGAGAGUCCUGCAGGGAAACACGAACACCUGACCCUCGCGUUACACAGUUUAUUCCACGAGCAGACGUGGGUCUCUUCUCUGAGGAACUCUUCCUGUAUCGCCACAUUUUUUCAAACACAUUUUUUUGCCAUAUUACAUUUUAAACAAUUUUAACUCUGAAUUUUGUUGCAUUUUUUUUCCUCAGCGACAGGAUUGUUCACAGUGUUGGUUUGGACCUCAGAAGGCCGGUCGUGUCCAUCGUUGUGCUGGACACAUAUAAAAUGAGAUUAAUACCGAGUUACGACAUGCAUGAAUUAAGUAUUGAACGUUGUGGAUUAUCGGACGUAAGUCUUGAAUCUAAAGUGGUGUAGUGUACAGAGCCUCGUGCAGACAUUUUCUGUGGUGAAAAAUGUGAAAAAAUGCUGAGUAAAUUUAAAUUAAAAUGAAGUGAAACGUA